AAAAGAAGUACGCUUUCGUUCGAGACACCUACCUCCCACAACAACUCCCUCCCUCCAUCGCCAAUAAGCUAUCCAUCAUGUCCGGAAGAUUGCAAUGCCGCAUGUACGAGAACAAGUUCCCUGAAGUGGACGACUUGGUCAUGGUCAACGUUCGCCAGAUCGCCGAGAUGGGUGCGUACGUUCAGCUUCUUGAGUACGACAACAUCGAGGGCAUGAUCUUGCUCAGCGAGUUGUCCAGACGUCGCAUCCGCUCUAUUCAGAAGCUGAUUCGUGUCGGCAAGAACGAGGUCGUCGUCGUCCUCAGAGUUGACAAGGAUAAGGGUUACAUCGAUCUGUCCAAGCGCCGUGUCUCUGCUACAGACAUUGCCAAGUGCGAGGAGCGCUACAACAAGUCGAAGGCUGUUCACUCGAUCAUGUCUACGGUCGCUAAGAAGGAGAACAAGGAUCUCGAGAUCCUCUAUGAGCAGUUGGCCUGGCCCCUGUACAAGAAAUACGGCCAUGCCUAUGAUGCCUUCAAGGCUGCUCUCAACGAGUCUGAGAAGGUCUUUGAGGGGCUGGAAAUCGCCGAGAGCACGAGGGAGGAGCUCUUGAACAACAUCAAGCGCCGCUUGACACCACAGCCGAUUAAGAUUCGUGCCGAUAUUGAGGUGACAUGCUUCGACUAUGAGGGUAUCGACGCCAUCAAGACUGCCUUCAAGGAGGCCGAGGCCGUCUCCCUUCCGGAUGUGGCCAUCCGAGUCAAGUUGGUCGCACCACCUCUUUAUGUCAUGAUCACCAAUGCCCUCGACAAGCAGCUCGGAAUCGAUACCAUGGAGAAGGCUAUCGUCGUUCUGGAGGAGAGCAUCAAGAAGUCCAAUGGAAAUAUGGUCACCAAGAUGAGCCCCAAGGCCGUUACUGAGGCCGAUGACAUGGAGCUCGACCAGCUUCUUGCAAGAAUUGACAAGGAGAACGCAGAGGUUUCAGGAGACGAUGAUGACUCAGAUUCGGAUGCUGAUGUGUAAAGACAGAUAAAGCAGGUGUAAUCAGGAAUGCAGGGCUUUAAACGGGAAUAGUCGGAAUAAAUGCGUGCAUUAUUGCAACCAUCGCCUCAACAAGUGAAGUGGAUUGACCUCCUACAGACAAACAGUGGUAGUUUAGAAAACGAUAAUGCAUUGACUUUUGAAG